AAUUUUCAUCCUCGGUGCACGACUAGGCUGCCCUGCGUUAUGUAUUUAUAAUUAUUUUGAAUGCCGCUAACUUUUGUGAAACUUGAAUUUCAUAAAAAGUAUUAAAAACUGACCAUGACCGAUAGCAGAAAUAUCUUUGUCUCCUUGAAGAUACCAUUUCCUUCGCGCCGUGAAGCAGAGAUUGCGUACGACGUACUUCGAAUCGACAACGAACCAAAGCGGAGUUUCAUCGAGAAAACCCUCAAGCUUCAGGACAACCAGCUGCUGGUAGAAUUCAACGGUCAGCACGCCAAGAACGUUCGGGUUGGUGUAACUUCUUUCUUUGAAUCGCUGCUGCUCUGUUGCGAAACCUUGGACCAGUUUGGGCCAGCUACUUCCGAAAAAUACGAGUUUUACUGA